AUGUGUGACAGAAAUAGUGGAAGAAGGCUCCGGCAGUGGCUGAUUGAACAAAUUGACAGUAAUAUGUAUCCUGGGCUCAUCUGGGAAAAUGAGGAGAAAAGCAUGUUUCGGAUUCCUUGGAAACAUGCCGGCAAGCAGGAUUAUAAUCAGGAGGUGGAUGCUUCCAUUUUCAAGGCCUGGGCAGUUUUUAAAGGAAAGUUUAAAGAAGGGGACAAAGCUGAACCAGCCACUUGGAAGACUAGGUUACGCUGUGCAUUGAACAAGAGUCCAGAUUUUGAGGAGGUGACAGAUCGAUCCCAACUGGACAUUUCUGAGCCGUACAAAGUUUACCGCAUAGUUCCUGAAGAGGAGCAAAAAUGCAAAAUAGGAAUGGCGAACAGCAGCACGGUGAAUGAAGUCCCUGACAUGAAUUGCGGUCGGUCUGAAAUAGAGGAUCUGAUGAAAGAGCCCUUGGUAGAUGAAUACCUUGGCAUAAUCAAAAGGAGUCCUUCACCCCAGGAGGCCUGUAGGAGCCAACCAAUUCCAGACUGGUGGAUACAGCAAUCUAGCACAGCCAUACCCUUGAUGACUGGGUACCCUGCUUAUGAGUCUCCACAUUCAGCUUACUCCCAGAUGAUGAUAAGCUUUUAUUAUGGAGGCAAACUAGUGGGCCAUACCACCACCACUUACCCUGAGGGCUGCCGGAUCUCCCUGAGCCUGCCGCCUCAGAACCUAGAGAAGAUGUAUGGCCCUGAAAGCUUGGAGCAUAUUCGCUUCCCACCGGCAGACAUCAUCCAAAAUGACCGUCAGAAGCAGGUCACCAAGAAACUGUUUGGCCACUUGGAGCGAGGAGUCCUUUUACACAGCAACAAAAAUGGUGUCUUCAUCAAGAGAUUGUGCCAAGGGAGAGUCUUCUGCAGUGGGAACUCCAUGAUGUUUAAGGACAGGCCCAACAAAUUGGAACGGGAUGAAGUGGUCAAGAUUUUUGACACAAACCAGUUUUUCAGGGAACUGCAGCAGUUUUACAACAACCAAAGUCAGCUUCCUGACAGCCAAGUGAUGCUAUGCUUUGGAGAAGAGUUCCCCGACAUGGCUCCAUUGCGCUCCAAACUCAUCCUCGUUCAGGUGGAGCAGCUCUAUGUACGGCAGCUGAGGGAGGAGGCCAGAAAAAACUGCAGCAAUGCUCUCAUGCUCCAGCCUCCAGAGGAUAUAGGCCAGCCUGAUCAGGUCUUCAGAUUCCAGGAUAUCUGUGGACCCCAUCAAAGGCCCUUUUUUAGGGAAAAUCAGCAGAUAACUGUCUAGAGAACCCUUGUGCCUUUCUCUCAUCCCACUGGGCCCAACCUCUCACUCCAUUUUCCAUUGUUGUAGUAUUAAUAAUACUGUUCUAGGGAUCUUUUUUGGAGGCAGGAGGGUUCUGUGGGAAAUUCAUCUGGGGGGAACUAUUCUGAUCAGGUCCUUUAUAAACCAAGGGUCUUGAAAAGGUGAAGUUUGAAAGAGAAGUGGGGUCACCUCUCUAACCAUUCAUUGACGUAUUUUGGUAACUGGGACAGGCCUGUCCCGAUUUAUAGAUAUUGUAAAGUGAAUCUACUAUUUUCUGCAUUUGGUUUGAUUGUCAUUUGCACUGAUUUUUUUUUCUACCGUCCACAUCUUGAGAUUACUGGUAUUUCCAGUGUUUGGGCAUUGACGUACAAAUAUUCGUGGUCGGUAGCCUACAUAGUUCAAUGAACAGAGCAAAGCACUUGGUCAGGAAGACCUGAAUUAAAACCCUGCCUCAGAUACUAACUAUGUGACCCUGGGUGGGGACUUGACCUUCCUCAGCCUGUUUCCUAGUCAAAUGGGGCUCCUAUAGCACCUACCUCAUGUGUUGUGAGGUUCGCAGGAGAUAAUGUAGAAAGUUGUUUGUGAGCUAUGUAGACGCUUGUGUUUAAGCUCUUUAUUAUUACCAGUGAAUAGCUGAGGAAGACACUUGGGUGAAUGUCAGCCACGUCUUCAUCCUUUUAUUUCAGUUUCAUUCAAGAAACAAGCCUUCAUGAAGUGCCUCUUAGGGGUAAGGCACUGGCACUGGGCUCUGGGAAUACCAAAACAUUCUAAUAUACAGUCCAAACAGCUCCUGCCUUCAAGGGGUUUACAUUCUCCAUUAGUUAAAACCAUAGACUCGCAGCUGCCCACGCUGCUUUCUGGAUUGAAGUGCCUUAUUAUUUUUAAAGCAUUUUUAUAGGGAUUUUAGAUUUUUCAGACACUAGCCCUGCCAUGACAAAAGAUUGUUGGAACUUCAGUAGAAAGUGGGUCUGACCCGGCAUGAAGUGACAUGGAUUCUAAUGUCGGCUCUUGGCUUUGCUCUUAACCAGCUGCCUGCCGUUAGACAACUUACUUCCCUUCAUUUUUUUUUAAGAGGGAAG